AUGUCUCAUCAGGAACAGCCACCUCAUGGCGGACAUGGCAAAGUAGAUCAAGGACAACCAGGGCCAGGCGGACACGGUCAUGGCGAAGUGAAACCAGGGCCGGGAGGAAUGGGCCUUGGCGGCGGACGUCAGGAUGAUGGGCUUGGUCUUGGUCCCCAAGGACAGGGGAAACAACAGGGAGGAGUACCCGGUGGUCAUGAAGGUGGAGGACGUCAAGGAAUUGGAGGCCCCGGCCAUGAAGGUGGUGGUGGUGGUGGUGGAGAAGGACAUCGUGGCGAUCAGCGUGCUCCGGGAGGUGGUGGAGGAAAUCACCCCCGUUAG